AUGGCGGACGGCGCGCCGGCCCCGGAGGAAGACUUCACUACCCUCUCUAUCCCGGACAGACUCGCACACAAGAACUGGAAAGCUCGCGUCAGCGCCUAUGAGACCCUGGUCAAGACUUUCCAAAAUACGGCCUCAGACACCGAUCCCGCGUUCAAGCCCUACGUGAACAACCCGGACACCCUCAAGAAGAUCGCCACAGACGCGAAUGCCGUCGCACAAGAGAAGGGCCUAGAGUGCUUGGUAGCGUUCGUGAAGUUCGCAGGAGAGAAUGCAGCGGGCACACGCAGUACGGUCGUUCCAGCUUUGGUGGACAAGUGCUUCGGUUCUGCGCGUGCGGGGACGAAGACGCAGGCUGUUGAACUCUCGCUGCAGUAUGUGGAGGUUGAGAACGGUGCCGCGGGCGUUGUGGAGAAUCUACUGCCCGGACUCGCGGCAAAGCAGCCAAAGGCAGUUGCCGGGUGUGUGACUGCAUUGAAGGAGAUUGUUCGAGUGUUCGGUACUUCGGUGGCUCCGCCGCCGCCGCUACUAAAGGCUCUUCCGAAGAUAUUUGCCCACUCCGACAAGAAUGUGCGUGCGGAGGGCACUCAACUGGCUAUAUCGCUCUACCAGUACAUCGGACCUGCUAUCGACAACUUCCUCAAUGAUCUCAAGCCCGUUCAAGUGAAGGAGUUGAAGGAGGCCUUCGAGGCCUUGGAGAAGGAGGGGAAGGGGAGGGGAAGCGUCAAGCCCGACAGGUUGACUAGGCAAGGUGCAAGGGAAGCAGAGGCCGCAGCAGAAGCCGGAGGUGAUGCGGGUGGUGAGGAUGCGGGUCCUGCAGAAGUGGAAGAAGCCCCUCUCGAUCCCCGGGCAUUCGCGGAAGAAGUGGACAUCAUUCCUAAACUCCCUGCUAACCUGCAAGCGUCGCUGAAGUCUUCCAAGUGGAAGGAGAGGAAGGAGGCUCUGGAUGAACUGCUCGCGCUGGUCAAUGCUUCGCUGAAGAUCAAAGAGGCCACAGAGCUUGGGGAGCUGUCCCGAUCACUCGCACUAUGCAUACAGAAGGACGCGAACGUCAACUGUGUCAUGGUCGCCGCGAACUGUUUGGAGGGUCUUGCGAAGGGGGAGAGCGUCGUUCCGCCGAUUAUGGAGAGGCUGAAGGAACGGAAGGCCAGCGUCACAGAUGCAAUUGGCAAUGCUCUCGACGCCAUCUUCGUCUCCACAACUCUGACAGACAUCCUUCCCGAUGUUCUGCCCGCCCUCAACAACAAGAACCCACAGGUGAAGGAAGGCGCUCUCAAAUUCAUUACAAGGUGCUUGUCUACUUCCCCAACACCAAUCCCUGGACCCCAGGUCAAGCCGGUAUCUGAAGCGCUUGCGACGCUGUUGGACGACUCCUUCGAGGGGGCUCGAAAUGAGGCUGCGAUCGGUCUCGGUACUCUCAUGAAGAUGGUCGGGGAGCGUCCACUCAACGCUGUAAUGGACGGUCUGGCGGACGUCAAAAAGGCGAAGGUCAAGGAGGCGUUUGACAGUGCUCAGGUGAAGGCGAAAGCUGGAUCUGGUCCUGCUUCAAAGCCGAAAGCUGCCGCCCCGCCCACUGCGAAAGCUCCUCCCAAGAAGAUGCCGCCCGCCAAACAACCACCCACUGUUGAUCUCCCUGCCGUCCCUGCAGUGGAUGAGCCCCCACCAGCCGAAGACAAACCUGUGAAGAAGCCCCCCGCUCGACUCAUGGCGAAGAAGCCCACUGCUGCUGGAGGCGACAGUGGUGUGUCUGCUCCUCUUCCGCCGGCAGCAGCUACCUCCAAGCCUUCGAAGGGUGGAGCUGCCCCGGCACCUGGCGCUCUCGACACUUUCAAAUACAAGCAUACACCUGAGGACGCGGAAGCACUGGCGGCGGAGAUGAUUCCUGCACAGUAUGCCACUGAUCUGGGCGACUCCAACUGGAAGACCCGACUUGCCGCGCUGGAGGAGAUGACGACUUGGGUCGAGGGUGCCGCUGGAGAGCUGGAUUCGGAAGUUGUGGUCCGGUUCCUGGCCAAGAAAGGAUGGAACGAGAAGAACUUCCAGGUGUCUGCCAAGUUGUACGGCAUUUUGGGCAUCCUGGCCACUAGCUGCCCCACUUUCGGCCGUGGUUCCGCUGCUCUCGCCAUUCCUCAUCUCAGCGAGAAGCUCGGUGACAUGAAGCUCAAGAAGCCGGCAGGCGACACUCUACUCACGUUCGCCGAGAAAACUUCUCUCCAGUUCGUCUUUGGCCACGCCUAUGAACCCCUGUCCAAAGCGAAGGCACCGAAGACGCUUGCCGACGCGCUCACAUGGAUGGAGCAGGCUCUCACCGAAUUUGGUAUUGCCGGCCUGUCUCUGCGCAGUCUAAUUGAAUUCUUGAAGACAGCGCUGAAGAACUCCAACGCGGCCGUGCGGACCAGCGCUACCAAGACGUUGGUCACUGUGAAGGUGUUUGCUGGUCCAUCGAUCAAGGAUCUUCUCGAGGAUGUUAACCCUCAGCUGUUGGCUACAAUCAUGUCCGAAUUCGACAAGGCUGACGGAAAGCCCGUUCCCGAACCAACCCGGACGUCUGAAGAUCUCGCUUCGUUGGCUCCAGCGGCAGGUUCCAGCAGCAAGGCUGCGGCAGGUGGUGGGGACCCGUUAGACGACCUGUUCCCUCGUGUGGAAAUCGACGGUCUCCUGAAGGGUACGACGAUUCUUGCAGACUCGAAGAGCGAUGCGUGGAAGGCCAAAAAGGAGGCCCUUGAGACAUUACAGGCCAUCCUCGAUCAAGGCUCGAACAAGCGAUUGAAGCCCACCAUGGGCGAAAUUGGGCAGGUUCUGAAGGCGCGCGUAACCGACGCGAACAAGGCUGUGCAGAUGCUCGCCCUGGACAUUGUUGCACGCAUCGCGACUGGGAUGGGCAAACCGUUCGACAAACAAACACGCUUCUUUGUCGUCCCGGUUUGCACCGUGCUCGCCGAUCAGAAGGCUCCCAUUCGCGCCGCAGCGGUGCAGACUCUAACUGCUAUGGUCAACGCCUGCGAAGGGUUUGAAUCCAUGGUUAGCGGGAUUGCCACUGGUCUCGAGACCACGAAUCCACUUCAGCGUGCUUCGCUGCUGGGUUGGAUCGCCGACUACUUCAAGGAGCACGAGCUUACCCCCGGACUCGAUAUCAGUAGUUGGGCUGGUUCGACCGUCUCUUGUCUCGACGACAGGAAUGGUGACGUCAGGAAGGCAGCGCAAGCCCUACUUCCCACUCUCAUCACCAGCGCUGGCUUUGACUACGUCAUGAACCAGACCAACUCGCUCAAGCCGGCCUCGAAGUCGACAGCCGUUCCUAUCAUCCAAGCAGCGCGACCUUCGGCCCCCACAGCCGCCCCCAAAGCCGUCGAAGCACCUCCCCGAGAACCCUCUCCCCCGCCGGCCGCAGAGACUGGAUCCAAAAUGGCGCCGCCUGGCAAGAUUGGUGGCGUGCGACGCAAGCUGCCGCAAGGCACAAUCCCUCGUCCCGAGUCUCGCGCGGAAGCUGAAGCGCCUGUCUCGCGCCUUGCUGGGCCCGGCGGCAAGAUCGGCAUGGGACUCAAGCGACCUGGAGCAGCAGGACCCUCGAAGGCUGCGCCGCCUGUGGCGGAGUCCUCGUCUUCUUCAUCCUUGAUCUUUACAACAUCCAACCCCGGUGUCAAGGCGUCGCGGCUGAACAAGGAUGUGAACAAGUGGGUCAUCGAGUCCGGGCCAUCGCGUAAAGACCUUGCCGAGCUGCUCCAGCACCAGAUGGAGCCCCAUGCGUCGAAGGAACUGCUGAAUCGCCUCUUCAGCCACGAUCACAAUGCGGUCAACGACCAUACCACCGGCCUCGGGUUGAUACAAGACUUCUACCUCACAGGUCAGACGGGUGACGACACGCUCCAGUCGAUAUGCAUCGCGAACUCAGAUCUCGCCCUCAAGUUCGUAUCAAUCAGGAUACACGAGCCUCAGUCCAACUUGGUGCAGAAAUGUCUCGACGCGGUCGAAGCUGUCCUAGCGUUCUUCCAGAGUAUCGAUCACCAGCUGUCGGAUCAAGAAGCUUUGGUGUUUAUCCCCACUAUCAUCCACAAGCUCGGUGACGCACGCGAACCUGUGAGAGCACGAGUGGCUCAGAUUGUCCAGACUCUUCCCAAGGUCUACGCAUACAGUCGAGUCUUCCAGCUGCUGCUUGAACAAGGUCUGCAAUCCAAGGUCGCCAAGACAAGACAAGGCACCUUGGAUGAGCUGGCAGGUCUGCUCAAGAAGUUCGGUGUUGGGACAUGCGAACCUGCGAAGGCGUUCCUCAAGAUUGCGACCAUGAUCUCGGACAAGGAUCCAGCAGUACGCAAAUCGGCACUUGCAGCUUUGAGCGAGGGAUACGUACUUGUCGGCGAAAAGAUUUGGUCUCUCGUUGGUCACUUGACACCAAAAGACAAGACGCAGCUUGAAGAGAGAUUGCGACGAGUUCCUGGGGGGAGCAGUCAUGAUCAUGUGGAACCCGCCCAACUCGCCACGCAUGCCUCUCGAAUCGCCACCGGCAUUCACAGGUCAGGCUCUCCCGCCCCCGGUGCGACUUCACGAAUAGCGGGCAUCCCACGCGCAGCAAGUCCCUCCCUCGCCCCUCCUUCCCGUGUUACGCGCCCCGGUUCUCCUUCCCAAAUGGCUCGCUCUUCAUCCCCUGCUCCUUCUCAGGUCUCAAAACUCACCGGUCCGUCAGGCAUACAAGCGCCUGGGUCGCCGACCGGUCUGGCACGCCCUAAGAGUUUCCUUCCCUCUCGGCUUGGUCCCCCGCGGUCACGGCUGAACGGCGUUGCCCAGAGUGGGCUCCCGCCUCCGUCCACAUCGUCGCGAUCUUCUCUCGACGAGUACGCAGCAAACGGUCAUCAUGCCACGACAAGCCGACAGUCGAUCGAGGAAGAGCGCGAGCAGGAAGAGAACGGCUCGGACGAAAUCACUGUCACCAUCUCGAGCAUUCUCAGCAACGACGCGGGCCGGAGCGUCGAGGCACUCAAGAAAAUCCAGAAGGUGCUCGAGGUCGGGUCCGAAGAUGGACCUGCGUCUCCUGUGUAUCAGGACCUUGCGGAGCAUACCGAAGGCUUGAUCGAGACGAUUACCUUACAGAUGGCGCAUGUUUUCGAGCACCCGGACGACAUCGCCCAGCCGGACAACUUCCGUUUGGCGAAGCACCUCAUCCAGACCCUCAACGCGUUCUGCGACCACGUCUUGCUGGCGGAGUCCUUGACUGUCGAUAUCUUGACGUCAUUGCUAGAAGAGUUGACGCUGCGCUUGCUGCAGACAGAUAACAGCCCGGACAAUAAGGUCAAGGACCUUUCCCGUUUCAUCAACAUGAUCAUUCUUCGCUUGUUCGCCACGGGACGACGCAUGUCUAUAUUCCGCGCUCUCUUUGCUCUACUGCUGCGCAUUGUGAAACCAUUCCCCGCCAAUGGCACCGCUCCCGACUCCCAGCAGGCGAAGGUGGCUGAGCUGGUGCUCAAGUGCGUCUGGAAGUUGGCCAGGACCAUUCCUCAGGACCUGGAGAAGAAUGCGCUUGAUCCGGUCGAGUUGUUCCCUGCCGUCGAACACUUCCUUCAGUCCGUACCGCCCAACGAAUGGCGAGCUCGUGCGACCAACAAAGUACCCUGCGGAGACAUGCCUCUGCGGACGAUCAAGGUCAUCAUCCAGCACGUAGUAGCUCAUUACGCUGAUGACGUAUAUGACCACCUCUCUUCUGCCUUCGACGAUCCUUCCGCUACCAUCGUAUACCCCUACGUCUACCGCAUCCUCAACUCGUCGCAGAAGACCGCAGCGGAGGUACCCCUGCGUCACGAGUCGAUACAAGAAGAGCCUGUGAAACAACCGACCUCUGCGAUGAGCAGCAGGCCAAUGUCGCCUCAAGAGACGGCAUCUGUGUCCUCGCGCUCGGUAACGUCGGACCCUCGACCGCCAUCUUCGAGCCAUUCGCGAAGUCGCAGUGUAUCGUCAACUGCUGAGACCGUGCAAGAGCCGGACUUGGACGAUCAGCUGAACACCAUCAUCGACCACAUCUCUAGCGAGCUGACGGGUGCAAUGCACAAGGAGGGUAUCACGGAGCUGCAUCAGUACUUGAAGGCCUACCCACACAAGAAACCUAAGGUGGACAAAAUCCUUGAGUCGACCGGUCCUGCAUUCCGCAAGUACAUCAGCCGUGCACUCGCUAGUCGGGCGGCUGAAGACGAGGAGAGGAAUGUGGCUGUUGCCCAAACGCUGUCCAGACUAGAGCUGAACGGGUACACUCGUGACCGAACGUCGAGCAUUUCAAGCGUUCGUGACCUAAAUGGUCAUGGACCCACACCCCUGUCUCCUACAGCCUCAAGCAGCAGUCGGGUGGACGCAUCCCCUCGAUCUCCCCCUCGAUCGAGCUUGUCCGAUCUGCCUAAUGCGCAGCAGGACCGCCUAUCUAGAUUGCACAACCUGUUCCAGUACAAUCGACAGAGCACCAUCAGCAACGGUCCCGCUCCUGGAUCUGGGCUGGGCGCGGACGGGCUACAGUCAGCGAUCUAA